CCAUCAUCCAUCCUCUCAGAGCAUCUUUCUUAUCCUCCGAGGAACCGUCCGAAACCCGGAGUGUCGAUUCCAAACUCUCCACAUUGGGAUAACAUUAGGCAACAUCUUUGCGGCCCGGGUUCAGUUUUCUUCCCCCGGCUGUGGCAACCUGUUACUCAGGAAUCCAGACUACGGUAAAGGGUAAAUGAAACAAAAUUGACAAAAGAUAAUUGCUAGAUUAAAAAAAAAGGCGCAUCGCAGACAGCUUAUCCAGGUGACAGAGAUCGGAGGGAACAUGACGGCGCUGGCAGGAGGUUUACCGAGAAUGAUGAGACCGACUCCUCACCAGAACUACCCGCGUGGAGGAUACUCUUUGGAAGUUUCCACUCCGUUAGGACAGGGUCGGGUCAACCAGCUCGGAGGAGUCUUCAUAAACGGCAGACCUCUCCCCAACCACAUCCGCCACAAAAUCGUAGAGAUGGCCCACCACGGAGUCCGGCCGUGCGUCAUCUCCCGGCAGCUGAGAGUGUCCCACGGUUGCGUCUCCAAAAUUCUGUGCCGGUACCAGGAGACGGGCUCGAUCAGGCCGGGAGCAAUCGGAGGCAGCAAACCAAAGCAAAGUGCCUCCCCAGAAGUGGACAAGAAGAUCGAGGAUUACAAGAGAGAAAAUCCCGGCAUGUUCAGCUGGGAAAUCAGGGACAAACUACUGAAAGAUGGAAUCUGCGACAGGAACAACGUGCCCUCAGUGAGCGCCAUCAGCCGCAUCAUGCGUUCUAAAUUUGGCGGAGUUGGUGAGGACGAGGAGGAGGACGAUGAGAUGGUGAAGAGGACCCUGGAGGAGAACGAGCCCCGGACAAAACACAGCAUCGAUGGCAUCCUGGGAGACAGAUCAAGCCACUCGGACGAGGCUUCAGACGUGGACUCUGAGCCAGGUCUGCCGUUAAAGAGGAAGCAGCGUCGCAGUCGGACGACCUUCACAGCAGAGCAGCUGGAGGAACUGGAGAGGGCCUUUGAACGUACGCACUACCCAGACAUCUACACGCGAGAGGAGCUGGCUCAGAGGGCCAAACUGACAGAAGCUCGAGUUCAGGUGUGGUUCAGCAACAGAAGAGCUCGAUGGAGGAAACAAGCAGGCGCUAAUCAGCUAAUGGCUUUUAAUCACCUCAUACCAGGUGGUUUCCCUCCGUCAGCCAUGCCAGGCCUGCAGCCUUAUCAGCUGUCAGACAGUCCCUACCCUCCAACCUCUAUAGCUCAAGCCUCUGAACAGCUAAGUACAGUCCAUCGGCCUCAGCCUCUGCCGCCCACCUCCGUGCACCAGAGCGCGCUCAGCUCAUCCGCAGCUUCCCAAGACGGAGGCUCAGGAUACUGCCUUUCCUCUGGAAGACACAACUUCUCAGGAUACUCGGACAGCUUUGUGCCCCCGACAGGACAUGGCAACACUGUUAAUCCCGGCAUCAGCAACGCCAUCUCUCCACAGGUGAUGGGCUUGCUGAACCCCAGUGGAGUGCCGCAUCAGUCCCAGAGUGACUUUGCCCUCUCCCCUCUCACAGGAGGCCUUGAGCCUAACGGAGCCAUUUCUGCUAGCUGUCAUGGCUCUCAGCGCUUGGAGGCCCUUCCAAGCCUGAGCAGCAUGCCCACCCUACCAAGUACACAGUCUUACUGCCCACCUUCUUACACCUCCCCAGCCUACGCUGUCGACCACCACCCUGGCUACCAGUAUGGACAGUACGGACAGAGCAAGGUGCCUUUCAUUAUAUGAAGCCCCAACAUGGCCUAUGCAGGAAGCUCAUAUGGAUAUGCUGGCAUUCCUACCCGGAGAGAGACGCCACCCACUGCCUUUGCCAACUUCUCCGGCCCUAUAGGGCAGAAAGAGCAGCAGCGUGGGAGGUGAAAGGGUUUAUUUGGUUUGACUUCAGCAAGAAGCAGAGACACUUUGGAUGGUUGUGUGGUGAUGGAAACAAAGAAAUUUCACUGUAAUAAUUAAAGACUGUAGGCAAUGCCCCACCUCCACAACCUCAUGCCCACCAUGCCAAGCUGAAAGGACCAAGAACAGGGUUUUUUUUCUAUUUUUUUCUGAAAAAAAUAGGGAUUGGAGCUUUGUGUAUGAACUGAAUGUUCAAGACUUUGUAUUUGGAUCCUACAGUAAGGCGGAGAUAUAAUGUGGACGUUUCCAGCCCCGGGUGCCUCUGUGGUCUUUUGUGGUUGAAGGUUAGACAGGUUGGUUGAUAGUGUGCUCAGCUGUAAUACUUAUCUCAGAAUGUCUUCAUGACAAAGUCUUACUGUAUAUUGAUGAGACUCAUGCGUAUGUAGUUCGACAUAAACAUGUGUCUGCGUUUGGAAAUCCAGCAAGAAAGCAUGAACUGAAGCUAAGUGGUGUCAGUGCAACCCAAAGAAAGUGCAAUACAUUCAUACCUCAUGUGCUGUAAAUGAACACGGAUCGAGGAUCUCCAGUUAUAUCCUUGAUUAGCUAUCUCUUUUUUGGCGGUAUAAAGUUUUGGUGAGUGCAUUUAUCAGUCAGGGGAACUUAUCAAGCAAUGGAUAGAAGUCAAUGUAGUCAUACAGUCUUUUGCCAAAAAUAUAUUAAAAGACAGUGAGUACAAUAUUCAUCUUGACUGUUCAUUUUUGUUGUCGCUUUGCAUGUUUCAGUUGUUUUCAGGAUCUUGUCAAUUUGUAGGUGCCCUCCUUAUUUAUUGAAUGUUGCUCAAUUGUGUUUUUUUGCUUUUACAGUAAUUCUUCUACAACUGCUCCACUGCGCUUAAGUCUUACAUACAGUUCCUUAUUCCCUUUCUUUUGUAUGAUUUUUUAAAAUGUACAAUUGUGUGAUUUUUAUUUUUGUUGUUGUUGUUGCAAGAAGUUUUGUGUAAAGCAUAGCACUAUUUCUAUUUAUAAUAAACAACAUGCAAAAUACA